AGGGCGGGACAGGCAGCAGGUGAGUCGCCAGGUCUCCAGGGCUCCAAUCACUCUGGAGACUGAACCAUGGGGGGAAAACAGCGGGACAAGGAUGAUGAAGCCUAUGGGAAGCCAGUCAAAUACGACCCCUCCUUUCGAGGCCCCAUCAAGAACAGAAGCUGUACAGAUGUCAUCUGCUGCGUCCUCUUCCUGCUCUUCAUUCUAGGUUACAUCGUGGUGGGGAUUGUGGCCUGGUUGUAUGGAGACCCGCGGCAAGUCCUCUACCCCAGGAACUCUACCGGGGCCUACUGUGGCAUGGGGGAAAACAAAGAUAAGCCGUAUCUCCUGUACUUCAACAUCUUCAGCUGCAUCCUGUCCACCAACAUCAUCUCAGUGGCUGAGAAUGGCUUACAGUGCCCCACGCCCCAGGUGUGUGUGUCCUCCUGCCCAGAGGCCCCAUGGACUGUGGAAAAAAACCAGUUCUCGCAGACUGUUGGGGAAGUCUUCUAUACAAAAAACAGGAACUUUUGUCUGCCAGGGGUACCCUGGAAUAUGAUGGUGAUCACAAGCCUGCAGCAGGAACUCUGCCCCAGUUUCCUCCUCCCCUCUGCUCCAGCUCUGGGGCGCUGCUUCCCAUGGACCAACGUCACUCUACCGGAGCUCCCAGGGAUCACCAAUGACACCACCAUAGCGCAGGGGAUCAGUGGUCUUAUUGACAGCCUCAAUGCCCGAGACAUCAGUGUUAAGAUCUUUGAAGAUUUUGCCCAGUCCUGGUAUUGGAUUCUUGUAGCCCUGGGAGUGGCUCUGGUCUUGAGCCUACUGUUUAUCUUGCUUCUGCGCCUGGUGGCUGGGCCCCUGGUGCUGGUGCUGAUCCUGGGGGUCCUGGGCGUGCUGGCAUACGGCAUGUACUACUGCUGGGAGGAGUACCGAGUGCUGCGGGACAAGGGCGCCUCCAUCUCCCAGCUGGGUUUCACCACCAACCUCAGUGCCUACCAGAGCGUGCAGGAGACCUGGCUGGCCGCCCUGAUCGUGCUGGCGGUGCUUGAAGCCAUCCUGCUGUUGGUGCUCAUCUUCCUGCGGCAGCGGAUUCGUAUUGCCAUCGCCCUCCUGAAGGAGGCCAGCAAGGCUGUGGGACAGAUGAUGUCUACCAUGUUCUACCCGCUGGUCACCUUUGUCCUCCUCCUCAUCUGCAUUGCCUACUGGGCCAUGACUGCUCUGUACCUGGCUACAUCAGGGCAACCCCAGUAUGUGCUCUGGGCAUCCAACAUCAGCUCCCCCGGCUGUGAGAAAGUGUCAAUAAAUACAUCAUGCAACCCCAUGGACCAGCCUGUGAACUCCUCGUGCCCAGGGCUGAUGUGCGUCUUCCAGGGCUACUCAUCCAAAGGCCUAGUCCAACGUUCUCUCUUCAACCUGCAAAUCUAUGGGGUCCUGGGGCUCUUCUGGACCCUUAACUGGGUACUGGCCCUGGGCCAGUGCGUCCUGGCCGGGGCCUUUGCCUCUUUCUACUGGGCCUUCCACAAGCCCCAGGACAUCCCUACCUUCCCCCUAAUCUCUGCCUUCAUCCGCACACUCCGUUACCACACCGGGUCGUUGGCAUUUGGAGCCCUCAUCCUGACCCUUGUGCAGAUAGCCCGGGUCAUCUUGGAGUAUAUUGACCACAAGCUGAGAGGAGUGCAGAACCCUGUAGCCCGCUGCAUCAUGUGCUGUUUCAAGUGCUGCCUCUGGUGUCUGGAAAAAUUUAUCAAGUUCCUAAACCGCAAUGCAUACAUCAUGAUCGCCAUCUACGGGAAGAAUUUCUGUGUCUCAGCCAAAAAUGCCUUCACACUACUCAUGCGAAACAUUGUCAGGGUGGUCGUCCUGGAUAAAGUCACAGACCUGCUGCUGUUCUUUGGGAAGCUGCUGGUGGUCGGAGGCGUUGGGGUCCUGUCCUUCUUUUUUUUCUCCGGUCGCAUCCAGGGACUGGGUAGAGACUUUAAGAGCCCCCAUCUCAACUAUUACUGGCUGCCCAUCAUGACCUCCAUCGUGGGGGCCUACGUCAUCGCCAGCGGCUUCUUCAGCGUUUUCGGCAUGUGUGUGGACACGCUCUUCCUCUGCUUCCGUGAGUGACACCCCCAGCCACCUGUCCCCAACCUCAAAGUACUGAGCCAUUCAAGCAUUUUUUUGGAGAUGUGGUGCUUCUAGAAACAGUUCCUUCGUAAGCUAAACGAACCAGAGGGAGCUUCUUGUGACAUCCUGAGGCCAGGAGUUUAGGGAAGAAGGGAGAGAGUGAGCCCCCAGGCCAGUAGGCUCUCCAAAGGAGUAUUCUGAUGGAGAGGUCUCUGCUAUCUUCCCUAGGAAAUCGCGGGUAGAAGUUAGCCAUUAGAGGCCGGGCGCGGUGGCUCACUCCUGUAAUCCCAGCACUUUGGGAGGCCGAGGUGGGCAGAUCACUCUGAGGUCAGGAGUUCGAGACCAGCCUGGCCAACAUGGUGAAACCCCUCUCUACUAAAAAUACAAAAAAUUAGCUGGGCGUGGUGGCGGGCGCCUGUAAUCCCAGCCACCUGGGAGGCUGAAGCAGGAGAAUCGCUUGAACUCAGGAGGCGGCGGUUGCAGCGAGCCGAGAUUGUGCCACUGCACUCCAGCCUGGGUGACAGAGCAAGACUCCGUCUCAAAAAAAA